CCCACCGCCACAGAACCAUUCGCAUCAGAUCGCUAGGGUUUAAGCGCCUCGCCGCUUCCAGAGUUCGAACCCCUCGCCGCCGGCCGGAUUCGGUGAAGAGAAGCGAAUCAAGAUGUUCCUCGGCUCGAUCCCGCGGCGCCCGAGCAAGGAGGCGGCGUACAAGCAGCUGCGGUCGCACCUCACCGUCAUGGCCACCUGCGUCGCCGUCAUCCGCGCCGCCCCCUACAUCCUCCACUUCCUCACCCGCGACGGCGACGUCCAGGAGCUCAAGCUCGAGCUCUAGAGCCUCCCGUCCCCCACAAGGUGCUACUGGAAUGAGCUGAUCGUCUCUACAAAGUCAUGUCCAGCGUUGAGUUUCCUAUGUACCGGUCAAAACAUGGAUCCAGUGGCCACAGAGUGCUUGCUUAAACUCUUUCUAUGUUCUUCAAAAGUCGGUGACGGUACAGUAGUUGUUAGCUUUGGUGUUUCCUGAUACUGGUAUUCUGUUUUGCGUGGCCGUAUGAUGUAGUCACAUUUCAUCGGGAGUUUCCGGAGUUCAUGACCCACCGUGCUGUGCCCCCUUCA